AUGUCUGCACUCAAUACCAUCUUUGCUGCUCAUGGUGUUAUUCAAGCUGCCAUUGCCCUUCAAUUGCUGCUGCUUCCCCAUGCAACCACAUUUAUCAUACCUCAUGAAUUAGAUCUGACGCAAGUGUUGCUGUUGCGUUUCUAUGGUGCUGGCGUUGCUUGUAUUGCCAUUAUUAGUUUAUUGUGUCGUGAUAUGCCCAACAUGUUGCCUUGCAAGCGUGGUGCAGCUGCUGGUUUCUUGUUUUACCAUAUGAUCAUGACCUUGGUUGUAUUCCAAUCUCGCAACGAUGGACCUCUUCCAGUAGAGACCAGUUGGGGGUUAUCCGCAUUCCAUGGCAUUCAGGCCUUUGUCUUGUAUGCCUGGUACACUGCUACUGCUGGUCAAGUCAAGGCAUUUCUAAAGCAAGACAAUGGAGCCAACAAGCAAAAGCAUCAUUAG